AUGAUAAACAAGCUCAAAGUGGCUUGUGGUUAUGAAUUCACUUCGAAACUUCAUCGAAUGUUCACCGACAUUAAAGUCAGCGAAGAUCUGGGUACACAAUUUCUCGCUAGAAUGAGUGAAGAGGAAGUUGACUUGAAUGUCAGCUUUUCCGUCUACAUUCUGCAAGCCUGUGCUUGGCCACUGAACAUCGCCGCCGUCUUCAACUGCGUCCUUCCGCCUGUUUGCGAAAAUGCACAGCAACGUUUUGAAAAUUACUACAAUAACAAGUUCAGCGGUCGAAAGCUGACGUGGCUUAAUCAUCUCAGCAAUGCAGAAGUAAAGUUUCUUUACACCAAGAAGCUGUACACUGUCGUCAUGACCACAUAUCAUGUCAGUAUCAUUACCCUUUUUGAGAAAAAGGAUGUCGUCUCCUGCGACGAUAUUCAGAAACAAACUACUCUUAACGAUGAACAACUGCAAAGGCACUUGCACUCUUUUGUCGACACAAGAAUCAUUUUGCCUUUGGACAAAGACGGAACGGUGCUGGACAGAGCGACGGCACUGUCACUGGUGACAUACGACAAGGACAUGAGUUUUCAGCUCAACUUUGGAUUUGCUAACAAGAGGCAAAAGUUUAAGCUGACUCUUUCAGUCCAAAAGGAGCCGAUACCCGGUACAUCGCAAAACACCGAGGCAGAGCAGACACAUGCUUCAGUUGAAGAGGACCGCAAGCUGUUUCUCCAGGCGUCCAUUGUGCGUAUAAUGAAGUCUCGCAAGAAGGAGCGUCACAACUUGCUGAUUGACGAAGUGAUCAACCAGGCGAAAUCUCGAUUUGUGCCUAGUAUUCUCAUGAUCAAGAAGGCGGUUGAAUCUCUCAUCGAGAAGCAGUACAUUGAGCGCUGCGCCAGCAAUGACGAGUACCAGUACAUUGCUUAA